UACCUUCAAUAGAAAAUUUCUGUUAUUUAAACAAACUCAUAAUUACUUUACGCUUGAAAAAGAAAAAACUUGAGGUAAAUUAUUAUCUCUAUUUUGUCUGUUUUUCAGCAAAAACCGAAAUGUUCUAAAUAUUCUACAUAUAAAAAAUGCAAUCCAUCAUUGUUUUUGCCGCGGGGGACAAAUCCGCGAAUUUUUUGCACAGGCUAGUAAGAGCCGUAUUCUGUGUGCAAGAAAAAAGUCUUGCUAACACGAAAUGCAAUAGAAUGGACCGGCUACCCCGUGGAUUUUUUCACGGGUAGCCGACUAGACUCUAUAUUGAUAAUAGACGCGUUCUAUCUGUUGUCUGAAACCCUGUGCUGCCGGCACACGAAUAUUGUGGGAUUUAAAGGAUAUGCGGUGGGUCUAUAUUAAUAAUGCCUACAUUUUUUCUGUCCAGCCAAGAAAGAGUCGUGUUAACCACGCACGAUAUCUUGCUAUAACAAAUGCGAUAUAUUUUACCGCUAUGUUGUGAUCGCUUGCAAAGUAAACCAAUCACGAGACUUGAUUUUUAUGUAAAACCAUUGCAAGUGAAGGAACAUGAUAAGAAAGACAAUUUUGAUUUUAAAAGUGGUCGUGAUCAGCGUCAGUUUUUCUAAUGAACAUGCUGCAUGGAAUCACGAAAACAUCUUCACUAGCGCGCAAAUAUUGGUGCUUUAUAAUAUCCGCAUUCAUAACUUAUUUUCCGGGUUUUCUUGAAAGUUGCAAUAUCUCUGAAACGUAUUAUCCUCAAGAUACAACAUUACAUGGAAGUUACAAUUAUUCGCAGUUUCAACCCUAUGAAAAGAUUGUGAGAGAAUUACAUAGACUCGCGAAUCAAGAUGACAGUUUUCUAAACAGAACAUUGUUCAGCAUUGGUCAAACAUUUGAAGGAAGAGAUCUAUGGGCGUUUAAAUUUCACAAGGAAGAUGGGGAGAGAAAAAAAUCCAUCGUAGUGGAUUGUGGAGCACACGCAAGAGAAUGGCUGGCACCUUCUACAUGCAUGUACUUAAUACAACAGUUCGCCAAAAUCGACGCAGACGACAGCACUAACAACUUGACUGCUGUGCUGCAAACAUAUGACUGGGUGUUUAUACCCUUACUAAACCCUGAUGGCUAUGUUUACACAUGGAAUAACAGAUCGACCAGACUAUGGAGGAAAAAUCGUUCAUAUACCAAGAAACAGUUAAAAUUAAUGAAAAAAAAUAAGAACGAUUUAUGUAUUGGAGUAGAUAUUAAUCGGAAUUUUGACAAAGACUGGGGAGGUGCCGGUGCACCUGUCAAUAAUCCUUGUUUCGAAAUGUAUGCUGGUCAUGCACCAUUUUCAGAAAAGGAAUCAAGAGCGCUGGCUCGUUACUUGAAUGCAACAAAGAAUGACCUUAUCGCGUAUGUAAGUUUGCAUUGCUUUGGUCAGUCAUGGAUGACGCCAUAUGGUUACACGAAGAAAAAGCCUAAAAAUUACAAGGAGCUAGUUCGAGUUGCGAAGUUAGCAACAGAAGCUAUGAAGGCGUUAUCAGGAGUAUUAUACAGCGUCGGUACAUCUUACAAAGAAUUGUAUCCAAACUCUGGUAGCAGCACUGAUUGGGCGUACAGCAAGCUUAAGAUUCCGUAUUCAUACACUAUAGAAAUGAUUCCUAAUGAUGGAGAAAAGACUGCAUUUAUGCUCUCUCCAUCGUGCAUGAUAAAAAAUACGAGAGAUAUUUUAGAAGGAAUUAGAACAAUGGCAAACUCUCUUGUCCAAUGGGACGAAAAGAAUGGCGUUGAUUCAUGAGGAACAAAAAGUCUUAUUUAUCCGUUGGCAAUGUUUUGAUUAGCUUUUAAAUAAGCAGAAUGUCUUGUGGCUUUUGUUAUUUGUUGCAGUAAACGUAGUUAACGUCAUUAAAAUAAAUACCUGGAACAAUUUCUUGUGGAUUAAAUAUCCCUUUUGUUAAUUAUAAACCCUCGAUGGAAAGUCGAUGAA